AUGAAGCUGGUGCAUUCUUCCUUCCAGAAGGACAAGAGCGGGUCUGUGAGUCUUGUUCCGCAGGACGGCGAGGAUCUGUGGACUUUGUACAACCUUAUUGCCAAGGAUGACGAAGUGCGGCUGAAAACUCAUAGAAAUAUCAAAAAGUCCCCAUCAGACAAGCCCGUGCGCAAGCUUAUUACUCUCUCGCUCAGUGUGGAGAGCGUUGACUUCACGCCGAGCGACGAGGUGAUGCGGAUCAAAGGACGCACCGUGGAGCAGCACGAGGACGUUCCACAGGGCUCCUACCACACCGCAGAGUUGGAGUUCAACCAAAAAUUCACGCUCUAUAAAAAUGACUGGGACGACAUCAGUCUGGACUUGGUCAAUAAAUCAUGCUCAAUAGAGGCCAAGGCUGAAGUUGGGGCAGUGGUGUUACAGGAAGGCGUUGCUCAUCUGUGCCUGAUUACAGAGAACAUGACCAUAUUGAGGUCCAAGAUUGAGAAGUCCAUCCCCAAAAAGAAGCGUGGAGACUCGAGCGCCCACGACAAGGCCCUGGACAAAUUCAUGGAAACUGUGGCGGACUUGGUGAUCCGCAACUUCAACAUCGACAAGUUGCGGGUCAUUUUGCUUGUCUCUCCCGGAUUCAGCGCCCGUCAGUUGUAUGAUAAAAUAUUUAGCAUCGCAGUGAGCAACCAGGACAAGUCUCUCAUCCAGUCAAAAUCUAAGUUUGUUGUGGCUCAUUCGUCCACGGGGUACUUACAGGGGCUCGAAGAAGCACUGAAAGCGCCCGAGCUGCAGAAACAGCUUUCCGAUACCAAGUUCCAGCACAGUGCGAUGCUGUUCGACGAGUUCAGCAAGCUGCUCAAUGACGAUGACGGGAAGGCGUGGUAUGGAGAGCCAGAAGUGGCAAAGGCAAUAGAGCUGCAAGGAGCGGUCCGCACGCUGAUGAUCACAGACACGUUAUUCAAGAGCGAUGACAUUGCGCAGCGUAAGAAAUACAUCCAUAUGACGGAGCAGGUGAAAGAGCACGGCGGAGAGGUCGUCAUAUUUUCCAGUCUACAUGACAGCGGCGAGCAGUUGAACCAGUUGACCGGAAUAGCCGUGAUCCUGAACUAUCCUGUGCCGAACCUGGAUGACGAAGAGGAGUAG